GUUGCUCUGAAUGUUUUUCAUUUCACAAUUUCACAAAACUUCAGCUGAUUUCAGGCUGAUUUGUUAACCAUCAGAACAAUUAAUCUGUGUAAAAUCUGUUUGUCCAUCAGGUGUGUUGGGUGAUUCAGUGUCAGUGAUGGAGGGAGAUUCUGUUACUCUAAACACUGAUGUUACUGAAAUACAUAAAGACAAAGACAUAAUGUGGACAUUUGGAGCUGAAAAGUCUCUCAUAGCUAAAAUGAAUAAAAAGAAGCAAAUCUUCUCCACAUAUGAUGAUGUUCCUGAUGAGAGAUUCAGAGACAGACUGAAGCUGGACGAUCAAACUGGAUCUCUGACCAUCACACACAUCAGAACUGAACAUGCUGGAGUUUAUAAACUAGAGAUAACUGGAGCGAAAAAAUCAUCAAAAACAUUCAGUGUUUCAGUCUAUGCUCGUCUGCCUGUUCCUGUAAUCAUCAGUAACUCUUCACAAUGUUCUUCAUCACCAUCAUCAAAUUGUUCAUUGGUGUGUUCAGUGUUGAGUGUGUGUGAUGUGACUCUCUCCUGGUACGCAGGAAUGAGUGUAUUGUCCAGCAUCAGUGUGUGUGAUCUCAGCAUCAGUCUCUCUCUACCUCUGGAGGUGGAAUAUCAGGAUAAAAACACCUACAGCUGUGUGCUGAACAAUCCCAUCAGCAACCAGACCACACAUCUGGACAUCAACACACUCUGCCACACAUGUGCAGACAUUACAACACAGUCUCCUUCUCCUCCUCCAGUGUCAGUGUCUCUGAUAGUGUUGAUCUCUGCUGCUGCUGCUGGAUCUCUGUUGAUUAUAGUUGCAGUCGUGAUCUGCUGCAUCUGCAGGAAACGUAAAAAAAUAGUUCAGACCCAGGCGAAAGACAUGAAGGAUUCUGCAUUGUGUAAACCAACAAGACGAAAAAAGAAUUCAAAGGAGGCCAUAUAUGGAAAUAUCCCCCCAAAAUGCUGAUCAAAUACAACAUCUCUGCCAGGAU